AUGGCAUGGGGCGAUUUCAUCAUGAACGUCUACAACAACGAGUCGGGCACCAAUUUUACAGUAUGGGAAACGCCCGGGGGCUGCACGUACAACCAGUGGCCAGAAACCUACGACUAUACGUUUCUCUCGGAAUGCAUGUGGUGGUACAACUGGGAAGGUAUCGCAAUCGUCAGCAAGCGAGCAUUCUACAGGCGUCCUGAGGUUCAAGUCGGAGUGACGAUGAUCCUGGUCGGUGUCCUCGGACUAAUCCUCACACCACUCUCCGUCCUCCUCUACUUCCGGCGUGAAGACACAAAGAUGUUGUAUAAAAUCUACUUGCUUGCGGCCUCAAUUUUGUCAAUUAUCAAAAGUAUUCAAAUGUUCUACAAUGCCGAGUGCGUCUUCAAUUUUGACGAGAAGGGCAACUACACGAAAACCUAUCAUCGGUUUUCCUGCCUAAACACCAUCAACUACCCCUACUGUGGAUUUUUCUUGAAUCAAAUGAUGUCGGCGAUUGGUACAUCGCUGCCUUACGGCUACCAUAUUAUUUCGUGGGGUGGUAGCCUACACAGAUACUUCACCUGGCAUUUCGAUGGAGACUACGCGCAGCGAGUUAGCUAUCUAGCGGCUCCUAUCAUAGUCACAGCACUGGGAGUGCCUCCCGUCUUACUGAUACUACAGCAGGGAACUGGCCUGGACGACUAUGAGUGGACCCAUUUCGCCUAUAUCGGCAGCUACUUUCAUCCGAUAAACUUUGUGGUCAGCGUAUACUACAUAAAUCCCAACUACAACUUUGCCCUGUUUGAUGUCUUCGACCGGACGGUGCUUGGUUUUAGCUGUAUCUUCCUGUUCCUGAACCUGUUGACAAUGUCGCGGCUGAAGUCGAUGAAACGAAUGCCGCUAAGUCAGCUUGACGGCGAAGUCAGCUUGCAGACGAUCUUUGUCUACUCCCAAAUUGCCCUGAUCAGCAGCUGGGUGGCCAAGGCGUUCUUAGAAUUUGUUGCGAUACCUCGGCUAUACCGCUACUACCACACCGCAAAUUUGGGAGCAUUUAUCUGCCAGAAUGUGAGCGGCUGGAUGAUUAAUAUUGUGAUACCCUUCAUCGUGACGGUCAUGAAUUCUACCAUUGACACUGUGAAUGAUAUACCGGAGACUACGACGUAUUUUAGCGACCACACGACGCCAGAAUACGUCAACGAAUACGAAUGGGUGUAUUACUACGGCUAUUACGGCAUUCCGACCGUCAAUGAAGCCAUCACCUGCCACCGUCUGUUGCACUAUAUGGUCGUCAUCAAUAGGCUCCUCGCCACCCACUUCCAAGGGCGGUUCUUCAGUUUCCUCGGGCGUGUCGAUGGCCUAAUGGUUUUUAUUUGUGUGGUUUGCGGGGCGCUACCUUGGUUUUUACAAAUCGGACCAGGCCAUCCAUACAUGGCGGCAGAAGGGCAGUACGGUAACCUGGGAGCUUACUUUAACCCGCUGACGUUCCGUAUCGGGCAGUAUUGGCCGUAUGAGGGAUACGCGACGUGGGGGCCAAUGGCUAAUAAAAUCUCGAUAUUGAUAGACAUUUUUAUCGUUGUGGCCGAAGUGAAAAGCCUGCGGAAAUUGAAGAAAAUGUUCCGCGAAAAUCCUUGCAACUACAUCGACGUGCGCUACCAGAAAUUUCUUUGCAUUCAGCACCCUAUGCUAAUCUUGGCCUGGCUAAUGGACAUCAUUUUUUACGAUGUAUUCUGCGUCAAAUUCCCAACACAGUACAACUACGCCAAGAUGCAUAUGUUUCUACUAGAGCAUAUGCCCGGCUGGUUCCUUGGGAUUUGUGGAUCCAUCACCGUCAUCCUCAUGAACAGGGCAUCGACGCAGCGUGAAAAACCUGCAAACAGCAAGUCGACCUCGUCAAAAAGAAGCCACAAUACGGGGAGCACGACCUUUGCCGCG